CGUCGCAAGCCGCCACCAGCAACCAGCACCGCCUGCGCCCCUCUCUCAUCCUCCAUGGCGGACCCCCGGCUGUCGGCUCUCUCCCUGCUGGUCGCAGCCUGCGCGGGGCUGGCGCUGGCGGGCCACUACUACAACGCGGACGGCACGCCGCACGACCCCUACCACGAGCUGCACCUGCCCCACUACCCGCCGCUCUACCCCACCUUCAGCGAGGUGCCGGCCACCUCGUUCUCGUGCCAGGGCCGCGACUGGGGGCUGCACGCCGACACCGAGGCCUACUGCCAGGCGUUCCACCUGUGCCAGGACCACGUGGUGAGCAGCCACCUGUGCCCCAACGGCACGCUGUUCCACGACCAGUUCAAAGUGUGCGACCAGUUCUACAACGUGAGGUGCGGCGUCCCGCUAGAGGAUCUGUGAUGCUCCCUUCCCCGACCCUUCCCUCCCCCUUCAUUUCCCCUUCACUCCCCCUUCAUUUCCCCUUCACUCCCCCUUCAUUUCCCCUUCACUCCCCCUUCAUUCCCCCUUCACUCCCCCAUCUCACCCCUUUCCCUCCCCCUUCCCACCCCCUUCCCACCCCCUUCCCUCCCCCUUCCCUCCCCCUUCCCGCCCCUUCCCUCCACCCCCUCCCCCCUUCCCACCCCCUUCUCCCCUUCACGCAAUGCAACCGCCCCCGGACAGGUCCCCUCGUCAGCAGACACCUGCACAUCUCGCGACCUCGCGUGCUUCUCAAGGUUAACUUUCUCGCACCGCUCGAAAGAUUGAACCCACGGUUGUUCCGAUAACCCCCCCCCCCCCCCCCAUCGAAACUUUCAAAAUAAGGCCGGCAAUUUCAGUCAGCGAAAUUACGGCACCUUUUAAAAUCGUCAUAAUAUAUUUAAAUGUUGCAAUUCGCUGGAACAAUGUACGUAUAAAUCAAAGAAAUUCUAUCACAAACGAACAAAACUGAACGAGCUCGCAUUCAAGUGAAGCAUACUUUAACAGAUUUGUUAUGGAAUUUCAAUGACACAUAGUAGUUUAACUUUUUUUUAAUUAGACCACACGAGAAUCUGUAUACGAAUCGUAGCACGAUCUCAGCCAAUUGGAAGUGGAUCUUAAGAGUCCGCGCUGUUAAACAUGUUCACCAUAAAUUUACGAAAAGCGUUGGUUACAAAUUAUUCAGGGAUCUUCGUUUAUUAACUGUAAUCUUCGUAAAUUUACGGGUACUAAGUUCAGUUAUAUUCGAAAACAUGUUAAUACUCCGGUAAAAACACUCAUGUUACUUCCACAUGUGUUUUUACUCCCAAAAAAAAAUCCUCGGAAUUCCAAAUACGGUAUGUUUAUACGAAGAUCCAGUUAUCAGAAAUUAUACGAAGAACCUUUCGCUUAUUUGAGGUGGAUUGUUCGUUAAAAAGUCCGUAAAUUUACUGUGUGUGUGUGUGUGUGUGUGUGAAGAGCUCUCUAGAGUCUACCCCGGGUGUUUGCCUGACUCCCUCGAUAGCCUCACAGACAUCCCUGCACUUCUAUAGUACGUGAUCUCCAACCUCACUCCUUCAGCGUCGUUGAAGAAGCCUGCUCCGGCCUUCGACUUCCUUCCUCGUUCUGUCUGCGUCUUUCAGCGGAUAUGCUACAGAAGUUUCGUUCCUAAACAAAUAAAAGCAAAAAAAAAAAAAGAAUUGUUUGUGGUUCAUUUUUGAGUGCUCAUUAUUGUAACAAUACAUUAUAAUUCACCUGCUAUUUAUUUUUUUAUAUAUGUAUGUAAAAUAUAAAUUAAAUAAUGUUUUAUACUCGAAA